AUGGAACAUAAGGUGGAUUUCUUGAUGAAACGCUACACAUCAGUAUGCCCAGACGUUCGCUCGCGAGUCAACGCCGCCACCAGCAAAUUGUUCGACGUGACUAGUGACGUGUACGAAUUCACAAGCCUACACGUCAUCGACAACACAGGACAAGCGAUCGCUACAGGACCGGGACCAGGACUUCCAGCCCCAUUUAGAGCCGCCGCCACAUACUUCAGAAUCGAGCUCCGAUUGGUCCCACGGCUGUGUUCCCUACGAACUGACAUUGGAAUCGACCCAACAAAGUUCCCACCAUCUUCCAACAGAGCUGUAUACGUUCCAGUGCCAAGAGUCCAGAACCAGAUGGACGUAUUCAUCACUCGCCAAAUGGUAAUGGACCAAGCACAUCACAAGGAAAUCAUCACAGCAAUGGCAGCACUAGGAGAAGAGUUCUCGAUGAGAGCUGCGACCAGAGACGGAGAGCCCGAUAACGACGCCUACGAAAAGUGGCCCAAGCAACAGAUUGCAAAGACCCAAUUCCAAGCGCUAGAACAAGCACUCACAGCCACCUACGUCGGACUACAACAAGGCAUGGAGACGCCAAACUACCAACUGGCAAAGCUCAACAUGAUCCGAUACGAAGGAGGCACAAUGAUGUACGACAGCGUGGCUACUUUAUUUGGCAGAAUCGCCACGAUUCUAAACGGGUUCAACCACAAGAAUCACCCGCCAACCAACCUAUCAGACUUGGCAGGAGUAGCGUUCCAAACCCUUAACACAAGAAAUCAAGGACGUUGUGGCUGA